GUUAAAAAUUAAGUGUGCUCUUCUUCCUUACAAAGUUAGUUUGUACCAGCCAUUAACGACCUAAACUUUUACCUCCAAUAACCCAUAACCAUCUCUGCAAUUUCAUUCACCUUCCCUGUUCCCUCGCUUCUCCUCUCCUCCACAUAAACCCUAGACCCACAUCCACUUCACACCUACAUGCACGCGGGCACCGAUUAUUUACAGUUGCAUAUUCAAUAAGAACAUCAGAGGCUCACAAUGGGUUGCUCCGCCUCCCUUCCCGAUAGGAGUUCAGGGCGGUUGGCCGGGCCAAAUUCCGAGAACGGUGGAGCUUCUGAUGCCAAAAAUCUACGUGUGAAGCUAGUUUUGUUGGGUGAUUCUGGUGUUGGUAAAAGCUGUAUUGUUCUGCGUUUUGUUCGUGGUCAGUUUGACCCCACAUCCAAGGUGACUGUUGGAGCUUCAUUCUUGUCACAGACGAUAGCUUUACAAGAUUCUACAACUGUUAAAUUUGAAAUAUGGGACACUGCAGGCCAAGAGAGGUAUGCUGCAUUGGCCCCACUUUAUUAUCGGGGUGCUGCAGUUGCAGUUAUUGUAUAUGAUAUAACAAGUCCAGAUUCUUUCAACAAAGCGCAAUAUUGGGUUAAGGAGCUGCAGAAACAUGGGAGCCCGGAUAUUGUCUUGGCCUUGGUCGGUAACAAAGCUGAUCUUCAUGAGAAACGUGAAGUUCCUGUUCAGGAUGGCAUUGAAUAUGCAGAAAAGAAUGGAAUGUUCUUUAUCGAGACAUCCGCAAAGACAGCAGAUAAUAUUAAUCAGCUGUUUGAGGAAAUUGCCAAGCGACUACCCCGUCCAGCCCCUUCAACAACGCAGCAGAAUCCGUGAAAGCUGAUUAAAUAAAGAACUUAUUCAUGCUAAGGAGACUUACUUUCCUUUCUGUAAUUUCCCAAUUUGUGUAUAUUGUGAAAUAGCUUGUAGCUUUUGCAUUUUGCUGGGCUGUGGGUUUCAUCCGAUAGUUCCAGUUGGAACUGCAUGAUCGUACUUUAAUUUGCACACACUAAUCAUCUGUAAGUGCCUGGGAACCCACAUAGCUGAUCAAAGUGUUAAUAAUCUUUUAGACAUUUUUCAUCAA